AUGUAUACUGUGACUGCAUAUGCAGAUGCUUCCUUCCCGCCAGGAGCUGAGGCUUCUGCAUCGCCGGGAGCUUCUACACUUCCGGGAGCUGAGGCUUUUGAGCCGGGAGCCGAGGCUUCUUCUGCAACGGAGGAGCAAAUUGCUUCUGGUCCUGCAAGUGCUUCUGGCCCAGCAAGUGCUUCUGGUCCGGCGAGUGCUUAUGGCCCUACAAGUGCUUUCGGUCCUGCAAGUGCUUCUAGCGAGAAAGAAAAAGAGAAAGAAAAAGAGAAAGAAGCUAAGAAGGACGCCAAGAAAGAAGCUAAGGACGAAAAAGAAGCCAAGAAAGACGCCAAGAAACAAGAUAAGGACGAGAAAGAAGACGAGAAAGAUUCAAAGAAAGAAAUUAAGGAUGAGAAAGAAGUCGAGAAGGAUGCCAAGAAAGAAGCUAAAGAUGAGAAAGAAGCCGAGAAAGAUGCCAAGAAGGAAGCUAAAGAUGAGAAAGAAGCUGCGAAGGAUGCCAAGAAAGAAGCUAAGGCCGACAAGGAUGCCAAGAAAGAAGCUAAGGCCAAAAAGGAUGCCAAGAAUAAAGAUAAGGAAGAGAAAGAAGCCAAGAAUGAAGAUAAGGACGAGAAAGAAGCUAAGAUCAGUGCCCCUGCCCCUGCACCCAGCCAGAAAUAA